UAAAUUGGCUCAGUGUUUUGACUGGACUGGAAUCGAAGAAGGAAAGAGGAUUCCAAAAAUUUCCGAAUAGUGUGGAACUUUUCCGUUUGUUGUAAUUUUCCGAGUUAAUAUUAUUUUAUAUUGAAUAGUUAUUCCUAUAUAGCGUUACAUCAAAUUAAUGCUGUAUGGUAUUUUAGCAGUGGGAGGAUUAUAAGUGAGGUUUAAAUCAUGGCCCAGUCAGAUGAUGUACCGAAAUGCUGCUGUGAUAUGGUGUCUGUGCGUGUUGGUACAGCGCUUAUUGGUGUUUGGAAUUUGAUUGGUCAGAUUGUAGGCAUCGGAUUGUUGUUGGUGAUCAUAACGUUCGGUAGCUAUGAAGAUAGAAAACCAGAAUUGAGGUCAAUUGAAAAUGCACAUGAUUAUUCCGAUUAUUGUGUUGGCCUGGUGAUUCUGGUUGUCUACUGCAUGAUAACAAUAAUGCUACUUCAUGGCACACUAAAGUACCGCUCCAGUUAUCUUCUGCCAUUCUUCUGCUUAAUGCAGUUUGACUUCUUCGUCACCUGUCUGACUGCGAUUGGAGUUCUGUCCUACUAUCCAGACCAGGACUAUGAAGACAGUUCUCAGUUCCCAUACAAUCAGGAGUUUAUGCACUGGAAGGAGCAGUUUCCAGUGUCCAACUACGAUCUCGACGGACCUGGAUUCAUGGCUAUUGCUGUCAUCGUGUUUAUGCUCAUUAUGGUGUUUAAGGGCUACUGCAUUUCUUGUGUCUGGUCUUGUUACAAAUACAUUGCAUCUGUUGAAUAUUCAACUGGAGCGAAUUACAAUUCUGAUGACAUGGAGGCCCUGAUACCAAAACCACCAGCCUACGAAGAAGUCGUUGACAUGAGUAAAUGGGAGAAGCCACCUGCCUAUGAGCCAUAAUUUAGUAUCAUCAUCAGCUCAGAUUAUUCUCGAAUCAGCUUCACUUAAUACUUUAAUCAUUCAUGUACCGUUUCUCAAAUGUAUAUCUAGGCAGUGAUAUCAGUGUACUGUGUGUCAUAUCUCGAUCAAAUAUUGAAAUAGGUUUUGUGAUGUCAGCAAGUCUGUUAUAUGUAUUAAGUCAACAUUCUAUUUUAAGAAGAUCAUAUGGAACAUAUCUUCCUUAUCAUUGCAACUACUUAACAAUUUCUAAUUUGCAUAUUCAAUGUAGUAUGCAAAUAAUCAUGUGACAUGGGACUGCACCAAAUGCUUAUCAUUACAGACACAAUAAAUUUCAUUAACAUCAAACCAGGCUUACUGUACAAAUGCGACAGCACAACUUUUGAAUAUGUAGCUAGUACUUAGUGCAAAAUGACAUCACAUUUUUAAAUGUUCAAUUAUUUAUAAUUUAAUUGAAAGAAUAAUUAAACUUAAUUUUCUUGCCUAGGUUUCUAUAAAAUCCUACAGUUCUAAUAGUAUGGUAGUUUUAUUAGGGUGCUUUUUGUGUAGGCUUGCUAUAAAUAGAUACUGUAUGCAUUAUCAAAGCAGGGGUUCCAAGUUGCAAGAAGUCACCUCAGAUGUAUUUCCUUAAAUGAACUUUUUUGAUACAUUUAAUUGUGUUUUGGUCUACAUCGAGAGCUGAUUUCCGUGAGACAGAUCAUACAGUAUCGGGGGUCCCAAGUUUCGUGGGAGUCUCUCAGAAAUCGGUAAGGUGUCCCGCACUCCUGCGAGCAAGCAAAAAUCUCCCGCAAAUGUACUCAUCUCCAGCAAAUUUAGUAUAAAGGGAGCUAAUAUAUGUUUUUUCACUACCACACAACUAAGAAACCAGUCAUUUCAUCAGAAAACUGAUUUGGAAAGUAGUUUUUAUAGUGCAACGUUGCCAUUUUCAGGCUUCUAUAGGUGCCUAUUUUAAAAAAUUUUUCUCACCUUAGCCCCAUCCAUUCUGGGGCUGACGUAAGCAUGGCCCUUUUUCUAGGGCCCCCCCCCCCCCAAUAUCAUUAACCAGAUUUCCCAGAAAUGGCUUCUCCCAACUUUGGACCCCUACUGUAUAGUUAAAAAAUAUGCAAAUAUUAUGAAUUUGCUAAAGAUGUGUUGUAUUCCUGGAGAUUCUUGAUUGCUUGUUGGAGUGCGGUAGGCUGUCCUUAUUUCUGGGAGACUCCCGCUACUUACGGAAGACUAAUGGAACCCUGUCAAAAGUGUAAAUUGUAAUAAAAAAAGGCGUUUGGCAGUACUUGGUGUUUUUCCUAUCUUAUUUAAUACCUGCUUAUCUACAUUACAGCUCAGCUUGAUAGCCAAUGAGCCAUCUCCUGCACUUUUCUAAUUUCAUUAACGUUUUCAGUGCGCGGAUCCUGGAAUUUGAAAUAGAGGGGGCUUAGAGAGGGACUUGCACAUAUGGAAAAUAUGAUUAUGGCACCUCCAGAUGGCCGGAAAUGGCACUCUCAGACUUGGAUUUUAAUGUAACUGUCUUUUUAUUUCUCGGUUUUUUUUUACAAUUUUGAAAAUUGUUUUUUCCCAGGCCUGCUAGGCACCCCCUGCCCUUAAAUCCGCUACUGAUUUAAGCAGCUUGUGCAGCUCAUUCUGUUGUAAUAUCCAAAUUAUGCUUAGCCAGUUUUAUUUUAUCAUUAUGUAUAUAUCUGAAAUGAAAAAUGGUAACCCAGGAACAUACAUAUAUAAUUCCUCUAUAUUAGCUGUUUAUGUAGAAAUAUGAUGUAUUAUUUUUCAGGUGUGGGGAAAUAAAAACUUAUGAACUUUUUUUUUCCACAUUAAGAGAUUAAUAAUUAAAUUGAAUAUUAUUAUGGUAAAUUGUCUAUUUCUGUAAAAUGCUUUGUUUUUAUUUCUAAAUAA